AUGCCUCGUCAACGCCGUGGUGCCGCCCCUGCGCCUACCCCUGCGCGCAGCGCUCCCACCAGACCUACCGUCGCUCCCGCGAGACCGGCUGCUGCCCCCGCUGCUCAGCACCACCAGCCUCACUCGACUGCUGCUCACCCUCCUGCCCAGGCUCAGCAAGCCCCUCCUCCUAUGGCCCCUGUUCAGCAGAGCUCUGGCCCCGGACUCUUCGGCCAGAUGGCUUCGACCGCAGCUGGUGUAGCAGUUGGUUCGUCUAUCGGACACGCCAUCGGCGGCCUGUUCAGCGGUGGUUCCUCCAGCAGUGCCCCUGCUGAGGCCCAACAGGCUCCUCCUCCCGCUCAGGCUCAGCCUAUGGACAACGGACUGUGGCAGAGCAGUGCCACCAACAGCUCUUGGGAGACUCCUGCUUGCGAGACCGACGUUCGCAACUUCCGCAAGUGCCUGGAUGAGAACCAGGGCAACAUGACUAUUUGCGGAUGGUACCUUGACCAGCUGAAAGCCUGCCAGGCUGCUGCUAAGCAGUACUAA